CAGGACUACAAAAUACGGAACUACAAUUGACAAACCAUAAAGAAACUCCCAGUCAAUCAGUUCAACUCAAUCAAAAUCAUUAAAAUUCCCUAGAAAACCGGUCUGCCACCCACUUUGUCUGUACCGGUCGUGCGUCGCACACAACAACCAUUUUUCACGCACAGGGCACGCGUUAAAAAGGCUCUGUUUAGUAUCUGGUAAACCCAGUCUUCCCACCAAUCCAACCCCCUCAUCUUCCACACCAUGGACCAACCAUCCCGUGUCUUGAGAACGCGUCUCCCACUGCUCCACACGCCGUCCGCACUCGCGCAGUCCACCUUCAGCGUGGACCUUGCGAGCCCGCCGGCGCCCCACCCCCUCGAGUUCAGCCCGUUCCACAUGCCAAACACGAUGAUCGACGCGGUGCCCGUCAACACGCACGCACCGCCUCAAAUUUUCUAUGUGCCGCUGGCGCAGCAGCAGGUACUCGCAGACCAGAAGGUUGCACAGUAUGUCGCGAGUCUCCCUGGGAAUGGUGCGCCCGGUCCCAGCGUGAUGACGCGCGUGUCGUUUGCAUUCCAGAGCGGCUUGGCCGAUGAAAUCAAGUGGGCACUCAGCACCUUGGUCACACUCACGGGCGACCCCAACUGCAAAAUCACCCUCAAGGACAAUCCGUACCUCUUGGACGAGUUGAUGCGGCACGUGAUGUCCGCGUCGUGGUUAGAGUUUGCACAGGCCUUGGACGAAGAUGCGCAGAUGAUGAACGAUGCAGGCGUGCAGGCCGUGGACGAUGCAGGCGCGCAAGCCUUGGAUGCCGCGUUGGUAUUACGCAACUUGUGCCAGGACAUUUCCAACGCGAUGCUCCUCUCGCAGCACGCAUUGGCAAAGCCGGUGUUGCUCGUAGUGCUCGCACAUCAGGCUGAUGCGUGCGACCCGCACUUCCACCGAGCACAGGAGUUGUUGCGCUACACCAUCGAUGUGGUUGAAGCGGUCUCGUCCUUCUUUAAUGUCGCGCGCGACGAUCCGUUGUUCCUCACGCUCCUCGAGCUCUUGGACGCUACUGUAGACAAGUCGCUCGUUAUUUCCAUCUUGCGCGCGCUCGCGCGCCUCAUGGUUACCAACAGCAACAAGGGUGAUGAGGCACCUGCGUGCGGCGACAAUAUACCCGACGCAGUCUUGGACCGUGUCACGCGCUACUUGCAGCUCACAGAGCCGUACGACGACCUCACUCUCACGGCCAUCGACUUCCUCUACCAGUACGUGUUGACGCCGUCGGUUGCGGGCCCUGCCAACUACCGCAUCGCCGCCGUGUUCAAAUCCGAGGAGCGCCUCAAGACCGUGCUCAGCUACUUGCCGCGCUUGGCCGCGCACAACUUUGCCGCGCGUGUACGCGCACGCGAACCGAUCCGCUUGCUUCAGCGUGUCAAACCGCAGCCACCCGCCCACCCGCCAGCCGUACCAAAGCCCAUAAUCGAUGAGCUCCUUGCGUUGGCCGAGCCGCUCCGCGCUAGCGAGUGGAUGCGCUGUGUCUAUGAGCCGAGCCGUGACGGCAAUGUCACCCAGAUUUCGCUCUGGAAGUGUUACGAGUCGACCUUCUCGCCGUUUUUGGCUGCGAAGGACGAUGAGGCCCCGGCCAAGCUUCUUCCAGCAGUGGAUUUUAUCAAAAACGUGAACAACGCCUUCCCCAACUCAAACGCCAUGGUGCUUAACCUCCCGAACGGCCAACGCAAGUUCAUCAUCAAGGGCAUCCAGCCUCGUCAGUUUGCGGUUGCAUUAAGUGAGGGUGCCAAGAACGCGCUCGCCUUCAGCACGGACCUCGAUGCGGAUGCAAUUGAUAACGGCGAUGACGUGCCGCUGCAGUUUGUUGGUGUAGAGCUCAACCAGUUGCCAGCGGGAAUUCAGCGCAAGUCCACCUUCCCGAAAGUCGGGGACGUUGCGCCCGUCAUGGACGAGAUCAGCGUCAACGCCGCUUUGUUGACCAACGUGGUGUUGAAGUACUUGGAUGACGCGUUUCCUGAAGCUUGUGUUGCCUUCGUGGGCCGCUUGCGCGAAUUGUGUAUCGAAUAUCCUGUCUUGGUUGAGCAUUUGGAUGCUCGUGUGAUCACGAGGAAGUAGUGUGUGGAGGUGCAUACCCUAUUGUGGUAGAACUUACUCGGCUGAGCAGGCAAGGCUGCCGGCAUGUGCAGAUAUACCAAAAAUAACCAGGAUAUUUUAGAUAUAGCUUGUGAGAAAUGUUUGAACCUUUCAAUACCAUUGCGUUAUCUAACAAUGGCUCGUACGAAUAAUACAAUUUUGUAGCUU